ACGAAUGAAAGCCAAGCCUGUCCACCGAACAAACAAACGAGAGCCCGCCUCUCUAUCGCCACACGUACGUGAGGUCCCGAUAAACCAGCACACAGACCCACCCACCAUCCGUCCAUCGACACGCGCCCUCCAUCAUUCGCUCAUGCGGUGAUGAAGUGGACGCGGAACUUCUCUUGCUGCUCCUUCAGAUCCUCAGCCUGACCACACCACACCGCACACAUGCGACAGACACAAACCAAUGACUGACACACAACGGCGCAGCCAGCCAGCCAGGGCAGCCAAGCCACUUCAUCGCACGCACUUUUUCCCUUCUGUCGAGGAAGAAUAUGAUGGCACCGACGAUCAACAGACACGUCACCGUCGCCUGAUCCAUCAUGCAGAACAGACACAACACACAAGAGAGGUGACCUCCUGCUGCCACCCCUUUCGCAUGCACCACACCCGCAGACGCACGCACGCACCAGCAGGAUGAAAAGGAACUUCUUGGACGGGCUGACGGACAGCUCAAUCGACCAGCUGACGGGACGUCCACACACCCACACGCACGUAUCGUAUCCAGAUCCGUCAAGGGGAGCAUCAUAUUGUGGGUGGGGUGGUCAGGUCACUUACUCUGAGGACACCGCCUGAGGGUAGGGCCUGACGAUGACCUGUGUGUUGGGAAUGAGCGAGGUCCACAUGCGGCUGCGGGUGCGCUCAUUCAGCGGCAGGCCCAUGAAGAACUCCUCUAUGUAGUUGUUGGUCCGACCCAAACUGGCACACAUUAUAUAAUAACAACGAAAACCACAAGGGCGCGGCGCAUAGAAUGGAAGCAGUCCGUAAGUGGGUGUGGAGUGCGUGCCGCUUCUCUGACCCAAAGAAUACGAAUGGGAGCCCCAGCGGCGUGUGUGCCGACUGGGGCAGCUGUGCGGCCUGCUUGGGCGUCUUGACGCCAUUCAGAUCCGUCACCGUUAUCUUGAACGACGGACCUGCACACAAGACAAGCCCAAAGUCUUGUGUGCCCGCACUUGAAGUAAAUGAGCGUGCGUGGUUUUUGCUGAUGACCGUGGUAGCUGACGCCGUAUGGUUUCGGCUUGGCGAUGGACGGGCCGGGAGGGGGGCAAUUGACCGCACAAACGGGAUUCAGACCUGCGAACCAACACAUAAGACACAUAACAGGGAGGACUGUUGACGGAUGAUGAAGAGCGGCGGGCGGUUGACCGGGUGGCUGGCCGACAGACAGACAUACCGGUCGAUUUGAGGAAGAAGACAUCGGCGUCUGCUUUCUGCUCGAAGACCUGCAGGACGCUCUGCACCAUUUUGCCGUUCUUGACCUUCUUGCCAAAACCAAUCACAUCCAAUAUGCCCUGCACACACACACAGAGGGAUGACAGCACACACACACGUCAUCGCACAGCAGACGUCCGGAGCGUGUGUCGCGUGUCCCGUCUGUGUGUGUCUGUGUGUCUCUUUGUAUGUGUGUGAGAUCCUUACAUCUUCGCCCACGUCGAAGAAAGCCGCCCCGUCGGCAGUGACCUCGUCCCCACCAAGUGACAGCUCGUAGGCCUUCUUGAACUUGCGAAGCGGAGACGCCCCCUGUGCAGCGCAGUGCAGGCACACACGUAGACCCACAGCAACAUGCACACCAUCCACACCAUCCACCACGUACCCCACCCAUCCCAUCCCCCCUUCUCGUCUCGUCUCACGUCGUCUGAUGUGGGGUAGUUUUUGAAGAAACGGAUCUUGGCGGGCUGGUCUGCGGCCUGGACCGUGCCGAUGAGGUCGGGGUAGCCGUCCAGGUCGAAGUCGCCCACACGCAGAGUGACGGGGGUGCGGAAGUCGCCCGUGAAGGUGAGCUUGGGGUCGUCGGUGUCCGAUACCAACGCAGACACGGUGAAGUCGCGACUGUCCGCUGACAUGGAGGGACACACAUCAUAUGCACCCGCAGAGAGGGAGGAGGGAGGACCACAGCUGACACGGUUGUGGUGGUGUGUGUGUGUGUGUGUGUGGUCCGGUUGUUUCUUCUUUCGUACCAGCGAAUGAGGAGACGGCGAAGCCCAGGUCCUUCUGGCAAAGGGCUCCCUGUGGCCGGCAGUCACGGGCUGCGCACAUGGACAGACAGACAGACACGCCGAGCAGAGGAUAGGCAUGUGUGUGUGUGUGCCUGCCUGCCUGCCUGCCUGCCUGCCCGUCUUCCUACACUUCUUGAUCCACAUGCUCGGACACAUCUGCUGCUGCCGGUUGGCUGCACACCACACAUGCAGUGCGGCCACACGCAGACCACAAUCUAAUCUGCAGCAUGCCCCCCAGAACCCGAGGCCCCGCCCCGUGUGUGUGUGUGUGUGUGUGCCGCCCCACCCCACCGGUCAUGUAGAUGACGUUGUUGGAGGGCACACAGCAGUCGUCGCAUGAGAACUUGUCGCGAGUGCACGAGGGGAAGGCGAUGUCGAUAGUGCCGUCGGCAUUGAAGUCGGCAAACAUCAGCUGACCCGCACCUUAGUGACACACACACACACACACCCCGAUACAUACGAAGAAAAGGUAGGCCUUCUGUGCGUGUCUGCUCACCCUCGGGCAGCAGCGUUGGCUCCUUUUGUCUGUGCCGACGGUAUAUUGCAUCCUCUGGAUGGACAAAUAAAUGGAUCGAUCAGACAGCAGAGCACAGCAACCACAUUCACAUCGAUCUGGCUGAUGUCACGUCACUGGUGUGUGUGUGUGUGUGUGAAGAGAUGAGAUGAGAUGCGUACGGUUUUUCUUGUCGGUCUUCUCAUGCAGCCAUAUUUCCAGCUCCCGCUGGCCGCCAUGAUUGGGCGACUGGACAUCCUGCACACUCACAGGCAGUCAGGGAGAGGGACAGAGAGAGAUGUAGACCAGACAUGCAGGCAGUCGAGGAGCGCAGAGGGGCUCAGCUCACGAAGACAAUGUCGGCCUCGCAGUCGCCAUCGAUGUCGACAAAGGCGCUGCUGUGUGGGCUGGCGAUGACCCCCACCCCCCCUCCCUUGUCCAUGCGAUCGUCGUGGAUGUACUCGUAGUAGAGGUCCUCCCACAGACGGUACUCAAACAGGUCCCCCUUGUGGGGCUCGUCGUCCUCACACACAUUCCUCUUGCUGCGGUUGAUCCACACAAACCGCUGCGGCGAUUCGCCCCUCUCCUUCUUGACGGUCUGGCCGAGGAGGUCAGGUUUGCCGUCGCUGUUGAUGUCGACGAUGAAGGGCUGCACGGAGGACUCGUUAGCCGACUGCCACACGAGCUUGGGGUCGGCCUCGGCAUCCCUCGUCUGACACCAUGCCUUGACGCGAUAACUGAUGGAUGAAUGGAUGGAUGGAUGACGCGCACACGGACAUACAGGGGUGGAUGGAUGGAUCUAUGGCGCACGGUGGGUGCGUGCAAGUGUGUGUGUCUGCUCACGCAGUGGAGUCAUCGUUGAAUUCGACCUGUCCGAAGAUGCCAAACAGGUCCAGCCGGCCAUCCAUGUUCCAGUCAGUGGCUAUCACCUGCACACAAUCAGUACACACAUGCACACAUUCAUGCCACCCAUCCCCUCUCCCUCCCUCCCUCCCUCUCCUUGACACACCGUCUGCAGGUCCUUGUCCGUGUCGACGCCCGGCCCCGCCCUGAACUUCUGCCGUCCGUCGUCCCACAUGCUCACAGUCAGCCGCGGCUCCAGCGGCUUGCUCGUCUUGUCAAACACUAUCAGGUCCAGGAACUUGUCGCUGUCCCAGUCCCCAAACGCCUUGAGCUCACCCAGCUUGUUGCUGCCCACAUCACGCCGGUCCCACGACACCAACUCACACUGACCGUGCCGCAGGCAGUGGAUGAGAAGCAGCAAGCAAGAGGCGAUGAACAGGCGGGAACGGCGGGAGCGGCGGGGUGGGGAUUGGUGGCGGAUUUGUGACAAGGGACGGGAGGCGGUCAUCAGUCUGUCGUCUGCCGCGGCUGACGUGGCUGCAUCUGAUGGCUGACGCGCUGGAACAAAUCUCUCUCUCCUUCUGCGCAAAGAAUUGCGCAAACACUCGUUGAUUUCCAUGGUUUCUCUCAUCCGACGCUGCUGACAGGCCAACCGCACCCUAUCAAACACGGAAAUCACCAAAUUGCG